AAAGCUAAAAAAAAACGAAAUUUGGAAGGAUCAAAAAUCUGAAGCUAAUCUGGUUUGGAAUCAAUCCCCUCCUAUCUAGCUAGCUAGCUACUGCUGCUUGGAUCUCCCCGAAACCCAAAGACCCGGUCUGUCGUCGCCUAGCAAGCAUUUCAGAUCUGGAAUCGCCAUGGUGAUGAACCCGUCCAAGGUCGCCGGCCAUGCCCGGUUCUUACUCGAGAGCUUUAGCGAUUCGGAAGUUGAUUCAAUCGCCCAAGAGAUAUGUCAGCUGGUUGAGUAUGGUGUUGAGACAAGCAUUCCAGUUCUCAAGACAUGUUUAGAUUGCUUCGCCGCCCGUAGAAGCCAUCCUAAUUCCUCGCAGCUUGAGAAACUAAUAUCCUUGGUCUUUAAACGUGUCCUGAAACACUCUAAUCUCAUUUCUCACGCCCUUCGAGAUGUCGAGGUCACUGAUGAGUUCGUGGCUGAUUUGACUAAUGCUCUCGACUUUUCAAUCUCUGACAAAAUUAGCUUUGCUCUGUCUCUAGCCGAGUUUGACAGCUCCGAUGAUGCAAACGCAGCUGGUCGAAACUUAUUAUUGGCCAUGAUUGAGCAACUGUGUGCCAAUUCUGCCCAGAUUGAGUCAACCGAGCAAGUUCAGAAUAUUCUUUUGUUUCUCCAGAAUUCUGAGGACCUCUCCACCCAUCUUAAUUCCUUCUUACAUAUUUUGUCUUCUACUCUACCCAAAGAUGACUUUUCUUUUGCUCUUACUCCUAUCCUUUCUCAACAGCUUCACGAAGCUGAUGUUUUAAGGUGCAUCGAUUUUGACACUGAGUUUGAUGCUAUCUUAGCUGAAAUCGACAAGGAAAUUUCUGUUGGAGAUCUUAUGGGAGAAUUAGGUUGUGGUGUUACUGCUGAUGCACAACUAUGCAAAGAUAUCUUGUCUAGUUUCGCACCAUUAACAGAGGCUACUAUCUCAAGGAUUCUUGCUAACGUUGCUCGUACUUGUGCUGAUCUAGAAGAUAACCACACCACCUUUUCAACAUUUAGUCUGGUCCUUGGUUGCUGCAUUCCCACUGAACUUUCCACUCCAAUGUCGUGGAGUGUUGACAUCUUAACUGAGACAAUCACGCAACUUCAGGCUCCUGGCACAAGUUGGAGGAAAGUAAUCGAGAAUCUUGACCAUAGUGGAUUUGAGAUCCCCAAUAAGGAAUCUUUCUCGUUUUUCAUGCGGCUAUAUAAAACUGCUUGCAAGGACCCGUUUCCUCUUGAUGCUGUAUGCGGUUCUGUCUGGAAAAAUGUGGAAGGUCAAAUAUCGUUUCUUAAAUAUGCAAUAGCAUCCCCACCAGAAGUAUUCACCUUUAUGCAUUCUCCCAGGAAGCUGGUAUAUAUUGACGAUAACAUGCACAGCCAUGAGCAUCAAUUAGGACUUUCCAAUGAAGCAUGGCUAUCUCUCGAUCUCUUAGAUGUCUUAUGCCAACUAGCUGAGAGAGGUCAUACUGUUUUAGUUAGUUCGCUGCUCCAGUAUCCACUCGCACAGUGUCCCAAAACCUUGCUUACUGGAAUGACACACAUCAAAACUGCCUAUAAUCUCAUUCAGCGAGAGGUUGUUUCUGCUAUUCUUCCAGUGAUAAUUACGAACUCACAGGAUAGUGGUUUUAUCCUUAAUCUUUGGCAUCAGAAUACUGAGCUUGUUCUGUGGGGGAUUUUAAAUGCCCAAAAUCUUAAAGCAGACCGCAUACUCAAUUUAAUUGAUAUCUGCCAUGAACUGAAGGUUCUUUCUGUUGUUUUAGAAUCGGUUCCAAUCUCAUUCAGCAUCAGAUUGGCAGUCCUUGCCUCACUGAGAGGCUAUUUGGACAUCGAGAACUGGUUGCCAAACUUUCUAUGUGUGUAUAAAGACCUCUUUGCGGAGGAAUGUCUCAAGUUUGUCAAAAAUGUGCAUUUUAGCGAAUCAGAGGAUUUUACUUCCGAACAUUUCCAUCCUUCUGAUCCGUUAUCAGAUGUUCAUUUGGAUGCAACGACUUCGCUUUUGAAAGUUUUGAAAGCUCAUGAUAAUGUGAUUACUUCAUCUCAACUGGUCGAUGAGAUAGAAAAGGUCAAUGCAGCAAUCUUGGAUUGUAAUUCUAAACUGCAGAAUGGUGAGGCUAAAGUUUCAUCAGCUUCGAAUGCAUAUGGAGACGAUAUUGAGGCAGAAGCGAACGCUUAUUUCCAUCAAAUGUUUUCGGGUCAGUUGAGUGUUGAUGCAAUGGUUCAAAUGCUUUCGCGAUACAAGGACUCCUCGGUUCAAAGGGAAAAAUCAAUUUUUGAUUGCAUGAUUGCUAAUCUGUUCGAGGAAUAUCGUUUUUUUCCCAAGUAUCCCGAGAGGCAGCUAAAAAUAGCCUCCAUCCUUUUUGGUUCUGUUAUCAAGCACCAGCUUAUAAGUUCUCUCACACUUGGGAUGGCACUGCGUUUAGUCUUGGAUUCUUUGCGUAAACCUGCAGAUUCAAAAAUGUUUCUGUUUGGAAGCAAAGCUCUGGAACAGUUCGUGAAUCGUCUGGUUGAAUUACCUCAGUACUGUAACCAUAUUUUGCAAAUAUCUCAUCUGCGUAGCACUCACCCCGAGUUAGUCACUGUUAUUGAACAAGCACUUUCAAGGAUAUCAUCUGGUAAUUUAGAAUCAGAGGCAGUUUCGAACCCUGGUCCUUCACAGUCUUUCCCAGGAAAUGGCGAGUUUAGUGGUUCUGGAAUUGGCCAGUCUGCUCUCCAACUUCCUUUACCUGUACAGUCUCAACAGAAAAAUGAAGUGCACAUUAAUGGCAACAGCAGAGUGCCAAGUGUGCCAUUUAUCGAAGCAAAGACACUUCUGCCCUCUUCAUCUACUACUUCCGCUGAUGUUUCUGUCAUUCCUAAGAAUCCUGGUAUUUCGACUUCUUCAUUAACUUCAGCUGGUUUUGUUCGUCCCGCUCGUGGAGCCACUUCGACGAGGUUUGGGUCUGCUUUGAACAUAGAGACCCUGGUUGCAGCAGCAGAGAGAAGGGAAAACGCAAUAGAGACUCCACCUUCAGAUGUUCAGGACAAAAUUUCUUUCAUAAUCAAUAAUAUCUCUACAGCCAAUAUUGAAUCCAAGGGGAAAGAGUUCGCUGAGAUUUUGCCUCAACAGUACUAUCCCUGGUUCGCUCAGUAUAUGGUUAUGAAAAGAGCGAGCAUCGAACCCAAUUUUCAUGAUUUGUACUUGAAGUUCUUGGACAAAGUUGAUUCCAAGCUGUUGUUUAAGGAGAUACUUCAAAAUACUUACGAAAAUUGCAAGGUUCUCUUGGGUUCAGAGCUCAUAAAGUCAAGUUCGGAAGAGCGAUCUCUGCUCAAAAAUUUAGGCAGUUGGCUUGGAAAGUUGACCAUUGGAAGGAAUUAUGUUUUGAGGGCGCGAGAAAUUGAUCCAAAAUCCUUAAUUGUGGAGGCAUAUGAAAAAGGGUUGAUGAUUGCAGUCAUUCCAUUUACUUCAAAGGUUCUGGAGCCAUGCCAAAACAGUAUUGCGUAUCAGCCUCCCAAUCCUUGGACAAUGGCUAUACUCGGGUUGCUCGCUGAGAUUUAUUCAAUGCCGAACCUUAAAAUGAAUCUGAAGUUUGACAUAGAGGUUUUAUUCAAGAACCUUGGUGUUGAUUUGAAGGAAGUAGCGCCGACUUCCCUUCUAAAGGACCGGAAGAGAGAAAUAGAUGGGAAUCCUGAUUUUAGCAACAAAGAUCUUGGAGUGACACAUAUAUCUCAACCACAGAUGAUCCAAGAGCCGAAAACAAUUUCUCCUCUUAAGCAAAUCGACCUACCUCUGGAUGUUGCAGAUUCACCUAAUACAGACGCUUCCUCGAAGUUAUUCUCACAGUAUGUAGCCCCUCAACGUGUAUAUACUAAUACUUUGAUGGAAGACGAAAAAGUUUCCACUUUAGGCUUGUCUGAUCAGCUUCCAUCACCUCAAGGACUGUUCCCGUCAACUCCAUCCCCAUUGUUUUCUAUUAGCCAGCUGUCAGCAGCACUUCCCAAUAUUGGAAAUCAUGUUGUUAUUAAUCAGAAAUUAAGCGGAUUUGCUAUGCACUUCCCAUUUCAUAGAGUGGUACCACUUGCCAUGGACAGAGCUCUCAAGGAGAUUGUGUCUGGUAUUGUUCAGCGAAGUGUAUGUAUUGCUUGCCAAACAACAAAAGAACUUGUGCUGAAGGACUAUACCUUGGAACCAGAUGAGACACGUAUAUAUAAUGCAGCUCACUUGAUGGUUGCUAGUCUAGCUGGGAGUUUGGCCCAUGUGACGUGCAAGGAACCCCUGCGCACUUCAAUAUCAUGUCAUCUACGGAAUUCGCUCCAGGGGAUGAAUAUUAAAAAUGAAGCUCUUGAACAAAUUGUGCAACUUGUCACCAAUGACAACCUUGAUUUGGGUUGUGCUGCCAUUGAACAGGCGGCUACAGAGAAGGCAAUACAAACUAUUGAUGCGGACAUUGACCAGCAAUUGUUGUUACGGAAAAAGCAUAGAGAUGGUGCCGGAUCCUCCCUUUUUGAUCCGAACAUGCUAUCGCAGAAUUCUGUUAGUUUUAUACCAGAGUCCCUCCGUCCAAAACCGGGACAUCUAUCCCUGUCUCAACAGCGAGUUUAUGAGGACUUUGUUCAGCUUCCUUGGCAAAAGCAGACAACUCAAACGUCACACGGUUUAUCUGCCGCUUCAAGCUCAUCUGGCGAUGUUGGGCUUAGUAGUAGUUAUGGUCCAGCAUCAGGUAAAAGUGCUUCGGACUUUUUGUCUAGUGCUGGAAACGCUCGGAUGGAUAACGUCUCCCGGCCAUUGGAUAUCUCUGUGGAGGGUUUUGAAUCUCCUCCAGUUUCACUUUUAAGCUCACAAGUUGAUCCAGCUGUUGACACAGCCGGUCUUCAGUUCUCUAAAUCCCUUUCGACCUCUGAAUUGAGCCUGGUUGAAUCCUCUGACACCGCUGUGAAAGAAACUGGAGCAUCAUUGCAGACUUUGACUUCAGCUGCUACCAUGGAGCGUCUUGGUGGAAAUAAUAUUAUACAGCCUUCUCUGUCCACGAGAGAUGCACUAGAAAAGUAUCAUAUUGUUACACAGAAGAUGGAGGACUUAGUGGCUAAUAUUGCAGGAGAUGAUGAAAUUCAGGCUGUAGUUUCUGAAGUUCCUGAAAUCAUCCUCAGAUGUAUAAGCAGAGACGAAGCUGCCUUGGCUGUCGCCCAAAAAGCUUUCAAGGCUCUUUAUGACAAUGCAUCAAGUAACCUUCACGUCAGUGCUAACCUAGCAAUUCUUGUGGCUGUUCGAGAUGUUUGCAAGCGUGUUGUUAAAGAGCUCACUAGUUGGGUGAUUUAUUCAGAGGAGGAGCGGAAGCUUAACAAAGACAUUACUAUCGGUCUUAUCCAACGCGAGUUACUUAACCUAGCGGAGUACAAUGUCCACAUGGCGAAGUAUCUUGAUGGAGGGAGAAACAAAAGCGCCACUGACUUUUCUAUUUCUCUACUCCAAUCCUUGGUCACUGAGGAGUCAAGUGUCAUUUCAGAGCUACACAGUCUUGUUGAUGCACUGGCAAAGCUUUCCUCAAAAUCUGGAUCUCCCGAGUCAUUGCAACAACUAAUUGACAUCAUACGAAAUCCAGUUACUAACACAAGUGAUCACUCUGAUAGCGCAAUCGGAAUUGAGAACAAUGAUAAGCAAUCAAAGGAUAAAAAGGUUGUGUACAAUACCACCGCUAACAUAGAAGAGAACACCAACUUGGAAUUUGUGGAAUCAGAGUCUGCGGGUUUCCGGAUUCGGGUGUCCACACUUUUUGAAAGCUGGUAUCAGAUCUGCGAAGUUUCUGGUGCAAAUGAAACCGCUUGUUCACAAUACGUGUUGCAUUUACAUGAAACUGGACUACUUAAGGGAGAUAAUACAACAGAGAGUUUUUUCCGAAUUCUUCUGGAACUUUCUGUUGCUCAUUGUAUAUCUUCUGAAGAAAUUAGUUCUGGUGCUGUGCAAUCUCCUCAGCAAGCUCAGAGUCCAUCAUUCCUUAUCAUUGAUAUUUAUGCCAAACUUGUUUUCUCGAUCUUGAAGUAUCUCCCGGAACAGGAGUCGUGCAGCAAGUUAUUUCUUCUGUCGGAGAUCAUGGCUGUUACUGUGAGAUCUAUUCAAAAAGAUGCAGAAGAUAAAAAGACAUCACUCAAUCCAAGACCUUAUUUUAGGUUAUUCAUCAAUUGGCUACUGGACUUAUGUUCCUUGGAUCCCGGAACUGAUGGUGCAAACUUUCAGGUUCUAUCAGCUUUUGCCAGUGCAUUCCACGCGUUGCAGCCUCUUAAGUUUCCCGCCUUCAGCUUUGCAUGGCUAGAACUGGUCAGCCACAGAAGCUUUAUGCCCAAGCUACUUACAGUAAAUGGCCAGAAAGGUUGGCCAUAUGUUCAACGCCUGCUGGUAGACUUGCUCCAGUUUCUUGAGCCAUUUUUGAGAAAUGCCGAACUCGGAGGACCACUGGUCUCUCUUGUUUAUUUAUAUCAAUUAUGCAAGGUUAAUUUCCUAUACAAAGGGACACUGAGAGUGUUACUGGUGCUGCUUCAUGACUUUCCGGAGUUCCUCUGCGAUUAUCAUUUUACUUUCUGCGACGUGAUUCCUUCAAGUUGCAUACAAAUGCGAAAUAUUAUUCUGAGUUCUUUUCCACGGAACAUGAGGCUUCCAGAUCCCUCGACCCCAAAUUUAAAGAUUGAUUUGCUGCCGGAGAUAGUAGAAGCUCCAUGUAUCCUUUCUGAGGUUGAUGCUGCGCUAAAAGCAAAACAAAUGAAGAAUGACGUGGACGAGUAUCUCGCUUCGAGGCAACAGAAUUCUGCAUACCUAAGUGAAUUGAAGCAGAAGCUACUCCUGUCGUCCAGCGAGGCUAGCUCAGCUGAAACCCGUUACAGUGUACCAUUGAUCAACUCGCUUGUGCUAUAUACUGGAAUUCAGGCUAUCCAGCAGCUACAGGCGGGUGAGACACAGGCUCAAAAUGUGGUGGCAUUGCACAUGUUCAAGUAUUUAAGUAUGGAACUUGAUACGGAAGGGCGGUACCUGUUCCUUAAUGCAAUCGCCAAUCAGCUUCGAUAUCCCAACAACCACACCCAUUACUUCUCCUUCAUCAUGCUCUAUCUCUUCUUCGAGUCUGACCAGGAGAUCGUACAGGAGCAGAUAACAAGAGUGUUGCUGGAAAGGCUAAUUGUGAACAGGCCGCAUCCAUGGGGACUCCUGAUAACAUUCAUAGAGCUGAUAAAGAAUCCAAGAUAUGGCUUCUGGAAACAAGCCUUCAUCAGGUGUGCGCCUGAGAUUGAGAAACUCUUUGAAUCUGUCGCCAGAUCCUGUGGUGGUCUCAAGCCCCCUGACGAGGGAAUGGUCUCCGGUUGGGUCUCGGACAACUCUCAUUAGCUUUUCUGCCACCAUUUUUGGUUGUAGUAUGGAGAGAGAUUUCAGGAUUUUAUUUAUUUUAGAGAUGUAUUAUUAUAAUUUUCGUAUAAUUAACUCUCUUUUUUUAA